UGCCAAGAUAUAGAACGCGGUAGAUGCGGUGAAAAAAUUGCAGAAAGAAUAAAAGUUAUAAUCGACAAGUUAAUUUAAAAAAUGUGUGAUAUCGAAGAAAAAAUUCAAAGUUAUCUCAAAGAAAAAUCGAUUUUCUUAGAAAAUAAAUGUUGGGAUAUCCGAAAAUCUUCUUUGGGUGGUCGAGGAAUUUUCGCAAACAGAAACAUUUUACCUGGUGAAAUCAUUUUUAUCGAUACCCCAAUCAUAAUUGGACCAAGAUCAAAAAGUGAUUUAGAAGAAAUCUGUGUCGUUUGUUUUAAAAUUGAAGAAUUAAAUUUUUGUAAACGCAAAUGUGGUUUAAAACUUUGUUUAAAGUGUCAAGACUCAGAACAACACCAAAAAGAAUGCGGUUUUAUAAAUUCACGUAAAAAUGGUGUCGAUUUAGAAACAACCAAAGAUAUAACUUUAUCUUUAACCCCAAUUAGAGCAUUAUUUUUAAAAUUACAUUUUCAAAAAUUUUUCUUUUACCUAAAAUCACAUAAACAUCCAAAACACCACGUUUUAAUUGAUAAUUUAAAAGACAAAAUAAAUUUUUCUUUAUCAAGCGACGAAGAGAUCUUUUUAAAAUUAGUAUGUUCGGUUUUAGAUGCAAACGCAUUUGAAGUUUUAAUCUCUUCAAAUCAAAAACAAUCAACCGUUAGAGGUUUAUAUCCUUUAGGAAGUUUAGCAAAUCAUAAUUGCUCGCCGAAUACAACCCACGUUUUCGACAAACAACAAAGAAUGAUUGCCAGAGCGGCAGUUUUUAUUCCAAAAAACACGGAAAUUUGUCACUCUUAUUCGAGAAUCACCUGGGGAACUUUAACAAGAAGAUAUCAUUUACUUAGAACUAAGCACUUUGAGUGUAAAUGUUCCCGGUGUCAAGAUCCAACUGAAUUUGGGACUAAUUUAAACGGGAUUAAAUGUGAAAUUUGUAAAAAUGUUGUUUUACCAGAACAUCCGAUUGAUUUAAAAUCGAAAUGGAAAUGUUUUUGUUGCAAAGAAGAAGUUUCGGUUGAAAAGAUUUCUUUUAUAAGUAAUAUUUUAGGAAGUAAUGUAAAAGUUUUUGAAAAAAAUGAAGAUGUUGAGUUGAUUAUGAAGUUUUUGGAGAAAAUUAAGAAAUUGGUUGUGGAUAAUAACCAAAUUUGUGUUGAGUUAAAAUACAAAUUGAUAUGGAUUUUGGGAUACAAACAAGGAUAUUUUUAUGAAGAUCUAGCAGAAAAUUUACUAUGCUAUAAAGAAGAUAUAUGCAAAGAUUUAUUGGAGUUACUCAAGCUAUUAAAAACUGGAAUGUGCAAAAUGAGAGGGUUAUUGCUUUACGAAUUAUAUCAAUGCGGAAAAGAAAAGAUUAAACGAAAACUUACAGAAAAUCAAGAAGAAAUUAAUGUAUUAUUGAGUGAAGCUGCCGAUAUUCUCUUGUAUGAUGUCGAUGCACCAGAAGAAGUACAACAAUUAUGGAAUAAAACUGAUGUUUUUGAUUAAUUUAAAUAAAUUAAUUUUUUACCAAG